AUGACGUCACGGUCGGGGAACGGAACCAGUGGGGGUGGGAGCAGCAGCAGGACCCGUGUGGGGAAAUACGAGUUGGGUCGGACCCUUGGCGAGGGCAAUUUUGCGAAGGUAAAGUUCGCGAAGCACGUAGAAAGCAGAGAGAACGUCGCCAUCAAAAUUCUCGACAAGGAGAAACUUCUCAAGCACAAAAUGAUUGCCCAGCUUAUUUCGGGAAUAAAACGAGAAAUAUCAACAAUGAAACUUAUAAGACACCCAAAUGUCAUACGUAUGUACGAGGUAAUGGCUAGCAAAACAAAGAUAUACAUUGUAUUGGAAUUUGUGACUGGUGGAGAGCUGUUUGACAAAAUUGUAAGACAGUUUUUAUCUUUCCCCGUGCUUCUGAAGGCACGCAGCGGGAGGUUGAAAGAAGAUGAAGCAAGAAAAUAUUUUCAACAGCUUAUAUGUGCUGUAGAUUACUGCCAUAGUAGAGGUGUUUUUCAUAGAGACCUGAAGCCUGAGAAUUUGUUGCUGGAUGCUAAUGGAGUGCUUAAAGUAUCAGAUUUUGGAUUGAGUGCAUUGCCUCAACAAGUUCGGGAAGAUGGGCUACUUCACACAACAUGCGGUACGCCAAAUUAUGUUGCUCCAGAGGUGAUUCACAACAAAGGUUAUGAUGGUGCCAAGGCAGAUCUAUGGUCAUGUGGUGUUAUUCUCUUUGUGUUAAUGGCAGGCUAUUUGCCCUUUGAAGAAACCAAUCUAACAGCUUUAUAUAAAAAGUGCUACUAUGUUUUUACAAUCCUGCGGAGAGGGAGUUAUCUUGCUGUGGAAAUUACUAAGUUGAAGCCUGAUAUUUACAAGGCUGAGUUCACGUGUCCUCCAUGGUUCUCUUCAAGUGCAAAGAAACUAAUCAACAAAAUACUUGAUCCCAAUCCUGCCACUAGGAUUACAAUUGCUGAGGUAGUUGAGAAUGACUGGUUCAAGAAGGGUUAUAAGCCUCCCGUAUUUGAACAGGCCAGUGUUAGUCUUGAUGAUGUAAAUUCUAUUUUCAGCGAAUCUACGGAUUCACAAAAUCUUGUCGUUGAGAGGCGUGAAGAGGGGCAUGUGGCACCAGUGACCAUGAAUGCCUUUGAGCUUAUAUCUAAAUCUCAAGGCCUCAACCUUAGUAGUCUAUUUGAGAAGCAAAUGGGACUUGUUAAAAGGGAGACGCGAUUCACAUCCAAAUGUUCAGCGGAUGAAAUAAUUUCAAAUAUUGAGAAAGCUGCAGGACCCCUGGGUUUUGAUGUUAAGAAGAACAACUGUAAGUUAAAGAUUCAAGGGGAAAAGACUGGACGGAAAGGUCAUCUAUCUGUAGCUACCGAGAUAUUAGAGGUGGCUCCUUCGCUUUACAUGGUUGAGCUACGUAAGUCUGAAGGAGAUACUUUGGAAUUUCACAAAUUCUACAAGAAUCUUGCUACUGGGCUGAAAGAUAUUGUUUGGAAAGCGGAACCUAUCGGUGAAGAUAAGAAAGAUGGUCCCAAUCCAUCAAAAUAA